CACUUGGUUCGGAUAUUUUUUGUAUUCCUUAAGCCAUGUACAUCAAAUUAAUAUUAUUCUUCAGCUGCCUUUGUUUAGUGUUGUACUACACCAUCGCUUCCAAGUCAUGUCCACUGCAGGAACAGUGUCGCAAUGCGACCGCCACGAGUGCCGUUUGUGUGUUUGAGGAGAAGGAGGGCUGCAUACGUAAAUUCGUAUCAAAAUGCCAUAUGGAGAUAGCAGCUUGUCGGGAGCACAAAGAUUAUAGUGACUCCAGUGACGUAUAUUGCGAAAUGGAGACAUACUUAUGCGAGGAGGGGUACGAGCGCUGGACCAUCUUUUUUGGCAACGAAAAAGCUUUACAGUAGAUUUAAGCUACAUGAAUAAACGUAUUGUAUGCAUGUUUGAGUGUAUUAAUUAAAAUUUCUAAUAAGUAUGUGGCUGUCACCAACGACUAACUAAAGACAAACUAAUGACACCAACAGCCCCAACCCAAGACCGGUUCCAACCAGACACGAUCGCACGCACCUAAAAAUCACGUGCGACGAGACACAGCGACGCGACGCCUCGAGCCUUUGUUGGCUUUUGAAAUUUGCGUUUGCU